GUUGCUCUAACAGAAAGCAGGUUUUUGUUUGUGCUGGAAUGUGACACUUAAUUUAGUUUACCAAGGAACUAAAAACGUGAAAACUGUGUGGAGAGCAGGAUGUGGGUGCAAAGUGAGGACAGUGCAGCGACAGAGUCUGACGGAGAGAGUGAUUUAUCUUUCGAAGAUGAGGGAGACAUUCAGUGUGAGAUCUUGGAGCUGCAGAGGGAUGAAGCCAAUCAGAGACUGGCUGAAUUGGAGGAAGUCUCCAAUCAGCUCCUGAAAGAGAUUAAUGUAUUGGAAAUCCAGUUCCAAAUUGAACGUUCCUGCAGGGAGAAUGCUGAGGCACUGGCUGUCAAAGUGACCAAAGAGAACAAAGUCCUGAAGAGGACGAGCCAGAUGCUGAUGCCGCUCAUCCCCGAGCUGCCUGAAAACUUGUCUGCUGUGACCUUUGACCCAGAGAGUGACCAGGUGGUUAACGGUGAUGUGAUUGAUCUUGGUGAGGACAGCAAUGAGGAGACGCUGCUGCUGGAGAGUCAAGCCAAGAUCGCAGAGCUGCAGACGUCAGUGGACGGUCUGCUGGCUGAGAAGCUGCAGCUGGAGCAACAAGUGGAAGAUCUGACCAAAGAACAGGUGCAACUCAGAGAGCAGCUAGCUCUGGAGAUUGAGGAGAAAGAGGCCAUACUGAGGAAAAUAAGCAAACAGAGCAAGACCAUCAAUAAAAUCAAACGAGUCUCCCAGCUUGUCACAGAGGAGUUCACAGAGAUGUCUCAGAAGCUGGAGCUGGAGCAGGGCCUCCGGCAGCACGCUGAAGUCUUCGCCCACCAGAUGAUAGUGCAGCAGAAAGAGGCCCAGAGUCCGAGCGUGUUGCUGAUGCCAAGCUCAGAGACCGGCCUGCAGCUGCAGCAGGCGCUGGAGCAAAUCUCCACCAUCAGCACAGCCCUGUGUGAUAUACAGCGCACCUACCAGGACCAGGUGAAACAGAGUCAGAGCGCCGUGGAAGAGAGCAGCGUCCUCUCUGAGCUGCAGAACCUGAAAGAGCAACUGGAGAAGAGUAAGGAGGAGAGGAAGGCCCUAGAAGAUAAGCUGUCUGAGGCUAAUGGCACUGUCACACAGCUCCAGGAGGAAGUGAAACAGCUACAAGAUACACUGACCAAGGAAAGUAAAACUGAUGAACCAGAGGAGAAAUCCACUCCUCCUCCUCCUCCUCAACCAGCACCCCUGUUGAACAUGAAGGCGAAAGCGGUGGAUGAAAUGAUGGAGAGAAUAAAGAAAGGCAUCAUCUUGAGGCCCAUCAAGAGAAUACAGGAGGAUGACAGCUCAUGGAAGGACCAGAGGAGUGAAAACAGAAAAUCAGCCAUCCUGGAGUUGAAAGGGAUGCUGGACAACAUAAAACGUCAGCCUCACCGCAGAGUGCCGUCCAGGAGGGGAUUUGGCCGACAUGUCGGGGACGCAGAGCUCCUGCAGGUUCUCCAGAGGAGGAGGAGAGCGAUGGGAGAGAACUCCUCAACACAAACACAGGACCCCCAGCCAGGUCCACAGUGUGUCCCAGCAGCAGGAGAUGUUCCCUGGGCAAGCGAGAGCGGCAGCGCCCCUGUGCUCCGGAGGCUGAAACAGAACCGAGAGAAGAGAGACUCUCGCAUCAGAGCAUCAGCACUGAUCUUCAACCAGGACAACUGAGACAAGUUACAGGAAGAAAUACAGUUUUUAAACUUCACUGUAGUCAAAGUGUCAUUGCUGUUUUGUAUGAGGAUGUACUGAAGAUGAGUUUGAUGAGUAAAUUGCACCUGCAAUACUUUUUUUUUGUCAGUGAU